UCAAUGCUUCUCUAUGGGGAACGUUCAGCACCUUCAUGCUGCAUGAUGGGAGAUGUAGUCAGCCUGUUACCAUGGCUACCAGCAAUGUCCUCUAUCUCACCUGGGCUGUGAACUGCGCCUUCUGCUGCUCCACCGCAAUCAUCCUCCGUAACUCCGCCGCCUCGGCCGGGCUGGCGACCCCAGACAGGUCCACAUCGGAAUCAAAGUCAGCCAUGAGCGAACUGCGCGACCUUCACCCUCCACAGCAACCACGCUGACACGCACGGCAGCAAACCAGCUCCGCUAUUGGUCGACAAAAACCCGCAGCGAGGCUUGAAUCGCAGAGCUCGCCGACUAUUGGCUGCCGUUGCGUGCUAAGCCUCGUUCUCCUCUCCGCCAAUCCUUUGCGCGCAGAGAUUUGGCCGCGUCAGAGGGAGAUUAACCAAUCACAGCUGCGCUUACAUGACAUUCAGAGUCUCUGCAGCCAUGCUUGUUUAAGGCAUUGUGUAGCAGGUGUUACCAGCAGCAGGCUGCCCUGUGCUCUCACUCAAUGUGUUCCUCAUAUCAAUAAAUAGUGACAGCUAUUGGCCACUUACCUGUCUGGCUGGGAACCCUGCCACUGUGUGAUUGGCUAAUGUAAAGGGCAGCCAGACUCCUCCCUCUAGCUCUCAGUGUACUUCCAGGUUGCAGAGUGACCUUGCUGGGAUACUGGGCAAGAUGGCAGCUCUGCUGAGAGGGAGUGCCCUGUGCAGGGGAGGCAGGGGUGAGUGCCCAGUGCAGGGGAGGCAGGGGGUGAGUGCCCUGUGCAGGGGAGGCAGGGGGUGAGUGCCCUGUGCAGGGGAGGCAGGGGGUGAGUGCUCUGUGCAGGGGAGUGCCCUGUGCAGGGGAGGCAGGGGUGAGUGCCCAGUGCAGGGGAGGCAGGGGGUGAGUGCCCUGUGCAGGGGAGGCAGGGGGUGAGUGCCCUGUGCAGGGGAGGCAGGGGGUGAGUGCUCUGUGCAGGGGAGGCAGGGGGUGAGUGCCCAGUGCAGGGGAGGCAGGGGGUGAGUGCCCAGUGCAGGGGAGGCAGGGGGUGAGUGCAGUUAGAGGUUUAGUACAAGAUAAGGAACCAGACUGCACAAUCCAGAGCUUGGGGGUUUACUAUAUCUCUGUAUGGCUAGUUUGUACCAAUCUAAUUUGUUCUAAUAUUUAGUUUUUUAGUCAAGAUAUUGGUUUGGUUUUGCUUUUCUGUUUUCAAUUUCUUACAAUCAGAGUUUAUUGAAUAACCCUGUAAAUAAAAAAGAAAAAUUGAAAGUUUCAGGCUAAAAUAGUUGUAUUGAGGGUUUACUCACUAAACACAGAUUUGUAGUGAACCGAAAACAAAAUUGCAAAAUUUAGACAAAAUGUCAUCAUAACCUCAGUUGUAAAUGUUUGUCCUUGUUAGAUGUUUGUUCUUACAUUUUGCAAGUUGUUGUUCAGUCGCCUGCAAUCUGCCGUUAAGUAAAAUUAAAACCCUAUACUUGGAUAGUAUUUGCAGUUUGGAUGUUGUUGCAUAAAGUUUGGAAUUUUUCUGACAGUUCACACUUUAAUGAAUAGCCCUGUUGGUCUAGGACAGGUGCACUUGCUGUAGUGGUUAUGGCACCAGCAUGGCCGAGCACUUUCCCAAAGUUGUUUGCCAAAUAGGUUUUUGAGCAGUCAGAUACAAACUGAGGGUCUCCUUGGCAAUACGCGUCUAGAACAUUUUUGGUUUGCGUCACACCAUUUAAAAAUGAUUUGACACAUAAUGGGGAAGGGCGCCGUCAUGAGAACUACUACGGCAGGCCCCUUUAAGUAGUGUAGGACAGAGCUGUGGGCGCAUGGGGGACCCUCAGUUUUUGUAAAACUGUUUGAAAAUAUAAAUUUGAAAUUGCAUAUUGCUUACCGCCACACUAACCAUUUAAUUUUCAAUAAAAUAUAAAAUUGCAGUAAAUAUUGCUAUCAUUUACCAUGUGAGGUCAUAAAACUAAUCUAGAAUUGUGUAUCAUUCAUUUGCUUUGUGUGCAAAAAGAGGAAACAUUUAAAAAGGUAACUUUUUUUUUUUUUUUUUUCUUAUAGUUUUAACCCUCAAAUCCCUGCUGAUCAGACCUGUGGCCUUGCAGCAAGAUCGUCUUGCACUUCAGAUCUCUGAGAUUCACACUACACCAAAUCGUCAAGGUACAUAGUUAAUAUUUGGUGAAUUAACAAGAGCCACAUAGACGUCCCAUGUCUUAUUAGUACAAUCCUUGGGAUAAAUACAGAGCUGUCCUAAGAUGACCAAUUGCAGAAUUAAUCAUGUAUAUUGAUGAGAAUUGAUGUAUAAAAUAUUAAUGUGUGAAAUUUGUACAUACCAUACUUCAAUACAGGACUUUAAAUGUGGAAGCAGCAGAUACAUUUGAGGAUGCCUGUUGAUUUGCAUCCCCUAAUGAAGUUUUGGAAUUGGUGGAUGGGAAUAGUUAAUGCUUUGUGUCACUCAUGAUUGGUGGAUAAACCUUUAAGUCUCUGCUUCAUUAUUUGUCGUUGCUAACAUGGGUAGGAGGCAGCUAUAUUUCUAGAGAUGUGACUGUGUAUGCAGAAUGCUCUUGUUCAGUCUUCACCUUUCAUGCAAGAACAAAUAGCAGGUAUAUACUAUGUGUGAAUUUUUCAGCAGGCCAAGAAGAUUUCAUGUGCACAAGCCCAUCCCCAGGUAGUUAGUGCCCCCUGCCAGGCAGCCUUCCCUUCAGCUUUUUUAUGUCGCGUAUAAUUUCUCUUACUAUACCCCCUUUUUGUGACAAUGUGUCACUAGUUAGCUUUAUAACGCCCAAUUGGACACUAUUUAUGUUGUCCAACUCCAUUUAUUUUAUUUAAAACCCUAUUAAAUAUAUUAAAAUUUACCUCCUCCUUGCUUAGUUUCCAAGCCCUGUCUGUCAUCAUGCCAUGUGUCAUCCGUGGUGCAAUCUCUCUUCCUUUGAGAUGAGUGAAGUGAGGGGGAAGCUAAUAAUAAUAAUAAUAAUAAUAAUAAUAAAAGACCAUGUUGAAAAUGGAGGGAGGGAAGGUGGGGACACUGAAGCUUGAUCAAAACCAGGAUUCUGUUGACUCAAAGUCCCAUCAGCCACCAACGUGAUAAGGCAGGUGUUUCUAUUCUUGGAUGGCAUUUAAAGAGUACCAUCAUUAGUGAUAACUUAGACUAUAACUACUGUUUCAGGUUGGAAAGGUAAUGGGUCAGAGAAGAGAUUAGACUUUGGGUAUCUUGAAAACUCCAACUUUUAUCAAGCUUUUUAAAUAGUUAGACAAAAAAUGGGGGGAUGGCACUGAAAGCUUACUUGCACUACAACUUCUGCAAUGCGUUUUUUCAGUUUGGCUAUUUUUACCUUAAAUUUGAAAUUCCCUUUGAAUUCUCACUUUUGUAAGUAACCCUGCUAGUGUUCCUUGCAUCAAGUUAGUCCAUUCUUUAAGAUCUGCAAAUAUCUUUUUAUUGCCUUAUUUUCAUUACUCAAUGUUUCCAGGGACUAAUCAUUUUGUUUUUCCAGAGAUAACAAAAAUUGAUUUUUUUAUUUUUUUUAUUUUUUUUGUCACCUUCUUGUUUUCGUACACAAGGCAUGUGACUGUGUAAAAGUUCAGACACCUCCUAGAUUGUUUGCAAUUUCACUCCUACCUUUUUUGCCUUUCUAGUUUAGCUUUAUUAAUCAAGUCUUUGUUAACAAACCUUGUCUCACAUGUUCAAUUUUUGUCUUGAUCUUCAUUCAUUUCCUAAUGCUUACUUCAAUAUUGUAAUACCAGUGCUAUUUAAAGGACACUAUCAGCGCAAGAAAAACUGUGUCUUAAUAUAGUGACUUUGGUGCUUAGAUACUAGAAAUAAAUAGAUUGAUAUAACUAUGAACACAUAUCAAUAAAUAUUAUUAUUAUUAUUAUUAUUAUUAUUAUUAUUAUUAUUAUUAUUAUUAUUAUUAUAGCAUCUGCCAGAUAAGGAGCAACCUUUGGCAACAAUCUUCAGAGACUUUAACAGGCUAAAAUAAACUAUUAAUAAAAAAAUAAAAAACAUAGUGUUGAUUGUAUGCACAACAACUGUCAUAGAAACAUCUUGCACUUUCAAAUAAAGAGAGCUAGAAAACCGCACUAGACAGGCACACCAGUCACUAGGACUCCUCUCCAAAAUGCAUGCAGCUGGAAAACAUGGGUGAUUGGCUAGGAGGUUGAAACCGAACCUUCCACUCCGCUGCCGAAUAGCGUGUAACAAAUCGUAGGUGAGAACAACUUCUGCUCUGACCGAUUUUCACCGAACAAAGCUUUCUCGAGGGGUGUUGUAUGAAUGCGAAUAUACCUUUUGGUAAAGCCAAUAAAAGAACAGCUUAUAUGGCAACAAUGCACCCUCUAUAGGUGACUGGAAAGUCCCUGUAUGCUCAAAGACAGGUCCAUACCACCAGCAGAUCAUUCAUCUCCAUGACUGAACAUAACUGGAGAAACAAACGAAAACCUCAUAUUAACAUAAAUGCCAUAAUGUCUAAAUCUUUUUUUCAAUCCAAAGUGUCCCUUCCUUUUGAAUCUGUGAACCCACAUUGUUUCCCUCUGACUUACUUUCUGGACAAUAUUGCCUCCCCUAAUGUCCAUACCUACUAUAUCAAUCCCUACACAGAAAAUAAUCUUUACAAUUAAACACCUGGCACCACUGUGCUUAAUACUUUUGGUCCCAAUGUCCCUGUGGUGCUCAAGUAUGCAUUCCUAUAGAGGUCUUAGUCUGGCCAACAUGCUGAACACCACAAUGAUACUGGGACAAGUAAGACCACUGAUAAAAUGUAUUCCCAGUGGUAAAGGUUGAGAGCUACUUCACUGAUUUGAUUUAUUUUUAAAGUGGCACAUUUUACAUCGGCCACACUUAUAGAAGCCAAGGGUACAGCAGGAAGCACUUCUAGUGGCUGUCUGGUAGACUGCUAAGGGAGACCAGGACAAUGCACCCAAACCACUUAAAUAAGAUGAAGUGGUAUUAUUGCCUAUAGCGUCCAUUUAAUAUGGUUUGAGCAUUAUAACCCUCGGUGCUAAGGUAAUUUUAAAUAGUGCUGUUGCUGCCUUCUAAAAUCUGGAUAUAAGCAAUUAUUUUCCCAAUCUAUUAAAAUAAUGGCAUAACUUGCCGUUCUGGUUAUAGUUUUUUGUUUAUGAUGGAAUAUUCUUUAUUUUAUUACUUAUAUAGUCUCCUUCAUAGAAUAUGAUGUAGCACACAAAUAUCAUAAAAAAAAAAAAAAGACCUGCUCCAAAAGAAAAGUCCCUCAAAGUAUAGUAAACAAAUUAAGCCAUUGUAGAUAUUGAAGCAGCAACAUUUGUACAUGAAAUAUUUUUUAUAAUCAUAUUUAGACCUUUGUUCUUAAAAUGUAGUGCAGCAAAGAGGCAAUUAUUUAUAUUUGGGCACUUCAGACUAUUUAACCCCUUGAAGGCCACAGAUGCACGCAUAUGCAUUGUAUGCGUGCAUUUGUGGCCUUCAAAGGGUUAAAUAGUCUGAAGUGCCUAAAUAUAAAUAAUUUACGAUAUAUAUCUCUAUAUCACAAUGAGAUGCGAUCACCUAAUUGCACAAUACAAACUUUAGUAAUAUUCAAUUUACUGUAGCAAAAACUUGUAAAAUCUGCAUUUCAAAUACAGAAGUAUUGUCCAUGCAUGCAAAAAAUAAGGUUUGUUAUUGAAAUUGUGUGUAGAUCAAUAAUCUGAUUCUAGUCUUUUUCAUGUCUUUCAGGUGUAUCGAAAGCUGCCUCCCAUCACUGGACAAGUGAGCGAGCAGUGAGUUUGAUUCUGUUAGGUCUCUUACCUGCAGCUUACAUGUACCCGGGCGCUGCUGUGGAUUAUUCCCUGGCUGCGGCCCUCACACUUCAUGGACACUGGUAAAUACAGAAACUGUGCAGUGAGCUCAUUGCACAAUUGUGGAACUUUUUUUGGUUUGGUUUUGCUUUGUUUUGUUUUCUUCCCAUGUUAAUAAAAAACCCACUAUAUUGCACUAAAACAAGUUUAGCUUAAAGGAACGUUCCAAGCAGCAUAGCCACUGCAGCAGUGCUCAAUAAAUUCAGUGGUUUGGUGCAUAGAUCAGGCUCCUGCAAUGUCACUGUUAACCCCUUAAGGACACAUGACGUGUGAUGUGUCAUGAUUCCUUUUUAUUCCAGAAGUUUGGUCCUGAAGGGGUUAAAUCACUUUGUUUAUAUAGUCCUCCCCUGGCUAAGAUUCACAACGCCUCCAGUGAACAAAGGUUGUUUUUUUUUGUUUUUUUUAAUUGUCAGUCUGGUUUUCACUUUCAAAGUGUUCUUACAGUACAGUGUGUUCACUUUAACUUCUUAUCUUCUGCUCUGUCACUUAAACUUUAAUUGCACACAAGAGGCCGCUGCAGACUCUAGCAGGCAAUUAACAGAGUAGGAGAUAAGAACGUCUGGCGCUCAGCAGAUUCACAGUUUCAGGUAGAUAAGCUUUUUCCCUAGGCACCACCAUGUAUGAAGGCAUGGCUCCUGGGUUGAACGGUUCACAAAAAAUCCAAAGGCCUCAGAAAACAUACAGUAGUUGUUCAGGAGCCUCCCCCUCCCCCCUCUAGCACCCAGCAUGUUUUAAGGGACUUAACAUUUGCCUUGAUGAAUUGCUAGUAAUUUAAAAGUUUCUUAAUAAUCUUGUGUGUUUGGAGCACACAACUGACAGAGCUGCACACGGCUAUUUACUGAAGUUUCAGUUGUCACAUAUUGAGAGUACAUUUACACUUUAGAUCCAAAUGGUUGAAUUGUAAAAAUGCUCCAUUUCGGCUAUGUUUUCAAUCUAACUAAUCUGGUUUAAAAUCUGAAUUCCUUACAAUUCACAGUUUAGUUACAAAAUUGUUCAUUAAACUCUUUAGGAUUUUUAAUUUUAACUUUGAAAUGUUGGCUCUUAAAAAAGCUCUCCUUAAAGGGUUAUUCCAAGAAACAGCGCUGAAGUUCUUGCCUCAACCAGAUCCUUCCCCCUCUGACAUCACUUCCCCUAGCUACUAGAGAAUGGAUGUAGAGGGAGGUGGACUGAGGGGAGAACACACUUUGAUGGUGAUAUUACGCAAAAAGAUCAGUAGUUUGCAAUGGUAGUAAUUUGUUUAUACAAAACAAAUCAAUGUGCAUGUGGUAACCGCAGUACCAAAAUAUAAAUACAACAGACACCAGUGCAUCUUUAAUGCUAAAACUGUUGUGGUUCAAACAGUGAUUCAAAAUGAUGCACAUCAGCAAUGGAAACACAUCUGGUGCAGCUUAGUUAACAUGGCUUUCCUUCUUAAAAAAACUGUUUUAGGAAGAGUAUUACCAAGACGGACAAUUAAGGAAAGGGAAAAAAGAAGAGAAAAUCCCAAUAAUGAAAGAAAAAUAGUAAAACUCAAAGUUUAUUAUAAAUGAUCUAAAAUUAUAACAUAAUGUCCAUUAAUAAAGGUCCAAAUCGUAGUCCGAUACAUAUGUAGGUGAUGUCAGCCUAAAUGAAGUGAGGUAUCAAAAUCCAUGAUAGAAGGACAUGGAGAGUGUAAUGUCACAGUAGGUAAAGCAUGUCUUUUCUAUUUAGAAACACACUUCGUAACUAUCCUAAUGUGCCAAAUGGGAAACUGUAGGUUCUUCAAUGCAUCAAAACCAAUUUAUAUAAAGUCACUAAAGGCUGAGUAGUAAUAAAAACAUUUUUUAAAAAUGGUUUGUUCAGCAAUCACUGAGAGAGGAACAAAAUGAGUUUUACGGUGUCAAUUUCUGCUGUGGAAAAUUAAUCUAAGGGGGACCUUACUUGAAAGGAAGCCUACAGGUGAAACAAGCGCCAGGGCUUUCUGAAUAAACAUCGGUGGCUGUUAGGUUCCCACCGGAGACUGUGAUUUCAGUGUAAAUCCAUUCUGAACAUUUCAGAGAUUCCACAGUCCCAGAUGUGUGUGUGUGUGUGUGUGUGUAUAUCUAUAUCGCUAUCUGUAUCGAUCCCCUCUCCCUCUCCCUCGUGAUUUUCAGUGAGAAGACGCCAGCGUCCAUAGGAAAGCGUUUAGAAUGCUUUCCUAUGAGACUGGCUGAAUGCGCACGUGGGGAAUUAUGGGGAAAAGAGGAGGAGUCUCCAGCACUGAGGGAGCCCGGUGCUGGAGAAACGUAAGCGUUUAACCCCCUUCCUCUCCAUCCAUCCUGGCGGGAGUGGGACACUUAGGGUGGGGGCACCCUCAGGGCACUAUAGUGCCAGGAAAACGAGUGUUUUCCUGGAACUAUAGUGGUCCUUUAAUUAAAAUAUAUUAUACACACAUACAUACAGUUGCAAGAAAACGUAUGUGAACCCUUUGGAAUUAUAUGGUUUUCUGCAGUGGGCAGUGGUCCAACCUAUUUGUGUAUAUCGGCUACUGUCUCUUUGUGUCCUGUCAAGUAUUUAAUUCCGUAUCUUUAACUCUUGCAGAUGCCUUACCUAAAUCAAUGGCUCUGGCUCUCAGCAUACCGCUAUGCAACACCCCUGUCCUUCUACUUGUACUUUGUGUUCGUGGGUGCUUUACCCUUUCGUACCUUAUUUAUUUCUUAUCAGUAACUACCCACCUCUGAAUCAUUUCCUGCUGCAGUCAGCUACACCGAUUGUCUUUCUGUCUGCGUGUGUGCUAAAUCUCUUUUGGUAUCUAUUACUAACCACUGAGACUAGCAUGACUUCACAACAGAUCUAACCAUUGAGCAGACAUGUCAAAUUACCCACCGUAUCUCUGGCAGUUAUCUGAAAUGAACAUUACUACUGCACACUUACUAUAUCAUUGACAGUACAACAGACUAGAGAGUAAUACUGAGGUAGUCUAUGCUGACUCAGAACUGCUCAUAACAAUGUUUAAAAACAUAUAAAUAUUCUACAGCACAAACUUACACAGUAAAACUGUAAUUUUCUUUUGUUUCUCACUGUGACUGCUGAACAAACAUUUUUAUUUUAUUACUUCUAUGCCUCAGCAGCAUUUAGUAAACUUAUUUGAUUUUGAUGCAAUGACGAUCCUAUGGUUUCCCAUUUGACACAUCAGGAUGUUUACUUAGUGCGUUUAUAAAUAACAAAUACGUUCUUUACUACCCCUGCUGUACAAGUGUGACAUUACACUCUCCAUGCUCUUCUACCUUGAGGCGGACAUCACCUACAUGUAGCGGACUACGAUUUGGACCUUUUUAUUAAUUGACAUUAGGUUAUAAUUUUAGGUUAAGUUUUACUAUUCUUCGUUUAUUGGGAAUUUUAUUGGAAUUAUUUUUCUUUUGUCCCUCUUUUAUUUUAUUGUCAAGCAACUGCUUCUUUGUCAUCAUGACACAAGCUCACGACUUUCUCCUUUUCUUUGAAUAACCAAAACAGACAUUUCAGGACCUCUGUCCCUUUAUCAGAGUAUAAUGCUCUUCAUCACUUCAUACUGAGCGGAGGGACAAACUCUUCACAUUGGUUAUCAGGAUAGCUUGGAGUGGAAUGUAUGAUAUAUGGAGACACAUCUUAUAUUUCUGUGGUAAUAUAGAGGAACUACCAUUUCUGUUUUGUUAACCGACACAGCAACUUUUAGAUCCGUACAAUCACCCAAGAAGGUGACGUCAGAGAAAAAUUGCUAUUUCAAGACAGUGCGGAGUGUGUGUGCUGGCUGCUUAUUGUGACUGAACUUCUCUGAAAGUGACAAUUCUCAAACCACCAGCCAAGUUAACUCUGCUGACAGUGAAAAGUGCAGCAAAAAAAAGAGGGCAAAGUACACUUCCACAGCUCAGCGUUCCUCAGCAUUCAGGAACCGAUCAUGUCUUUGUUUCAAGAUGCUCUGUACGUGGCCAAUAAUCUACAUAAAAGUGCCACAUUAGCACAUGUACUUAAUAGUGAUGGAUUCCGCUUGUUAGAGUUUUGAUAGUCAAGUGAAAUGUCAUUGUUGGCUUUCAUUGACGUUUUUGAAAGCUGCUUGAAGCCUUCUUGUGACCAGUAUUGUAAUUUUUACAAAUUGAUGCUUUGAAUUUCUUGUGUUCUUUAAUGAUUUUAGUCUAUUCAGAUGUAUAAUCUUGUCCUUUUUUGUUUUACUUGCAGGGGCCUUGGACAGUUGGUGACCGAUUACGUCCACGGAGACGCCAAGGUUAAGUUGGCCAAUACUGGUCUCUUUGCACUUUCAGCCUUGACCUUUGCUGGCCUCUGCUACUUUAACUAUAAUGACGUGGGAAUCUGCAAAGCGGUAGCGAUGCUUUGGAGCCUCUGAGUAGAUGGGAGAUGAUUGUAUAAGAUUACCUUCUAAUGAAACAUUUCUAAGAACUUCUCACAAUGGAAAUGAUUGUUUAGCAGAAAGCUCAGUGUAACAGACCCGUGUAACGUCUUCCAAAUACUGAAGGCUUUCUGCAGUUUCGCUUUAAUGGCUGAUCAAUUUUUCACACCUCAGAAUUGCUGUGUAAAAAGAAAAAAAACUUAAUUUGAGGUCAUUUGGCUUUAACCUAGCACUUGGGAGCAAAUAUUGUUGGUAUAACAACUGAAAUAAAAUACAUGACACAUUUGUGCGAUUUGAUUUGUGGCUGUCUUUGUAAUGACAAAUUAUCCCUACUGGUGAUCGUAAUGCCCAUCCUUUAACACCAGUGUAAAAAAGGGGGGGGAGACAUACCCAUAUAUCACAUACACAUGUUCAUAAACCAGCAUUUUUAGAAAUCUAUAAUGGGCACAGAUUAUAAUAACAAAGAAACACUCCAAGCAACAUAUCCAUUACAGCGUGCUGUUAUAACUAUGGUGUCGGGGCAUCCCUGUUUCGCCCCCAUUGAAAGUAUUUAAACCGUUUUUGACUAAAAUAGUUUGACUUGUGUGGGGUCUGCCAGGUACCACUUUCCCCUCUACGAUGUGAGUAGAUUGUCAAGUUUAGCUCUAUGGCUGAGCGUGAUCUGCACUCUGGUUAACAGCAGCUCUUGCUUCAGAGCUUUUGUCUCUGUCGGAUAUAGUGGCGUUGGGGAGCUGUGGACCCCAGGUAGGAAGCCAACGCAUUCUAAAUUAGUUGGCUACUUGCAGUGGUGCUCCAGGGCUUUCCUUGCAUCAUAACCACUGCAGUGCGUUUUGAGUGUUUCUUGAAAGAAUCCAAAUGUCUAGACAACAAAAAAAUCACAUGAAGAUAAUGUUAAUAUUAUAACAUUAAGUCACUAAGAAGACACGUCCUCCAGUAGAUAAUGAACAUUACCAAAAUUAACAGUAAUGGUUGUUAGCUGUGGCUGCAUAUUUUUAAAACUCGAUAGUAUUGGGAGGUGAGAGUUUAAACUAGUAUCCGACUCGUACAAAAAUGCAUAUGGAGGAGAAGGGGCACAAGGUAUCUGCAGCAUAUAAUUUAAUACAAACAUAAUUGUUACUCCAAUUGCCAUGAUCACUUCUGCUAUUACAAGUAGUCAUGGUGUUCAGAGUCUGUAUUUGCAACGUUUUUGCGUUUCUUUUGUGCCAUGUCUAGUUGCACUAUUUAGGCAGCACAGAACUUUAUUUUAGCAUUUAUAGGGGUGGACCUCAAGAAUAAUGCCCAAUUGGACAUUACCAGUUUAAAAAAAAUGAAGCAAAAGGGGUUGAAGUAACCCUUUAAAGGAACAUUCCAAGCACUUAAACCACUUUAGCUUUCUGAACAGUUUAAGGGUUAACUUGCAUGUCUGUGCAUGGUUUUGGGUUUUUUUGGGGGGGGGGAUGGGGAGUUUGUCUCGCAAAAUCAUCAAUUUGAUAGCAGCAAUUUUGUCACACUUUCAGGGUUGUGGAACUGGAGUAGUGGUUUUUAUUUUAUUUUUUUAUAUUUUCAAUUUACAUACCAGCGUGUAUGGUAAAUAGCCAUAGACACAGCCCUGCUUUUUCAGCUGCCUCUCUUGCUUUGAACUAUAGUUUGAGAUGACCAUCAAGGAAACAUUUGUUUGCAGGCAUGAUUUGCGAGCUGAACCAAUUGAAAACUCAAUUUGCAACUGUGCACCGUAUUCACAAUAUGCCUCUCAUAGACGUCUGUGUUAACUGUAAUAUUUUUUUUUCAUACUCCCUAAAACUAUGCAAUAAAUAU